AUGCCUGAAUGCUCAGGACAAUACGAGGCCCAUGAAGUCACAUACAAAUGCUUCAGGAGGCGGAUCAUCCAGAGGCGCUGCGGAGAAGGCCCUGUUGCAAGUACCCCGCUGGCCCCUGGGCGGCAGUGUGAGCCAAGCUUCGAGUUUGAUACCGUCUGUCAGAGGCUGGAGCUCGAUUCUCCACCGAGAAAGCAUGAACCAGGACAGGGAGAAAAAAUCCAAGAGGCAGCAUUGGUGGGAGGCUUGUCUCACUCUGAGUCUGUUAACUUGGUGAACACAAAGUGCACGAUCGCUGCCAAGACAUGGCCUGCUGCAGAAAAUGCCCCACAAGAGCGAUGGGUGUGGAGACCUGCAGUUCAAGAACCUGAAAAUCUCAAUCGCUCAGGUUAUGAUGAAAGAAAAUAUGAUCUUCAGCCAUUUGCCACUCUGAACAAAGCCACUCUGAGCCUGCACGGGAAGUCAGUGGUUAAGUUGGGUGCACCAUCACUGCUGAAUGACUACUACACUAACCUUCUCGACUGCAGCUGUAAUGGCAUGGUUGCAUUAGGACUCGGCUCUUCAGUUUACAUUUGGAAUUCAGAAACUCGUGGUCUGGUUGGACAUCUGGACCUGAGUCCACAAUCAGGAUGCCAAUAUCGUCAGUCGGUCUCGUCUCUGUGCUGGAGCACAGAUGGAAGAGCCCUCAGUAUCGCGACUAGACGAGGGGAGAUACAGGUAAAUGAGCUCAUAGAGUUGUGGGAUGUCGAACACAAGCAGAACAUGAGGUUUCUGCUGUCACACCUGACUGUGGUGAGAGCUCUUUCCUGGAAACAGCAGUUACUUAGCAGUGGAUCUGUUCUUGGACAUAUCUGUCACCUUGACCCUCGGGCUUUCACACCUCUGGUAGGUGCAACCACCCAGAGGGAGGGGGUCUGCAGUCUGCAGUGGUCACCAGGAGGCAAAUGGCUGGCCAGCGGCUCCACAGAAGGCCUUCUCCAUAUCUGGGAUGAUGACAUCAUGGGAAAAAAAAUCUCAAGUCAGCCAAUAAUGACAGUGAAGCAGCCCAGUGCUGUCAAGGCAAUGGGGUGGUGCCCAUGGCAGGGAAACAUUAUUGCUACAGGAGGGGGAUGGAAAGAUGGUGAGCUGAGAAUCUGGGACACACAAUCAGCAUCUUGUGUUACUUCUGUCCAAACAAAUUCACAGAUAUGUUCUCUACAAUGGGCUGAAAAGAAGAGAUAUCUGGUUACAGGUCAUGGCCUACCUCAUCACAAAGUCACAUCUUGGGUGUGGGAGUUUCACUCUCUCAGCCCCAUUUACCAGUUCACAGGUCACUCUGAUCGAGUCCUUCACUUGGCCUUAAACCCUGACAAUUCUCAGAUCUUCUCCACCGGUGCGGACCAGCGCUUUCACAUCUGGGAUUUGUAG